AUGGAUCUAAGCUGCACUUUUGGCCUACUGGAAAAAGAAGCUCGGAGAAGGAGAAUUAUUCUGAACCAGAAUCAAAAGAACACUCUUCAUGCAUGGUUUGAGAAGAAUCCUAAUCCAGAUUUAGCUACAAGGGGACAUCUGGCUAAGGAACUGGGCAUCUCAGAGUCUCAAAUUAUGACUUGGUUCCAGAAGAACAGAAAAAUACAGAAACAAGUGGAGUUUGAAUGUUGCUUUGAAGAAAGCCAAGCCAAGGGACAGGAUAAACCUAAAGUUAAAGAAGCUGGAAGGAGCCGGACACAUUUUUCAAGAUUUCAGACUGAUAUUCUAAUUGAAGCUUUUGAGAAGAAUCGAUUCCCUGGGAUUGUUACGAGGGAAAAACUGGCUCAACAAACAGGCAUCCCGGAAUCCAGAAUUCAUAUAUGGUUUCAGAACCGGAGAGCUCGGCAUCCAGAUCCCAAACAGGGCACUCAGGCAACUGCUCAGCUAUCCCAGAACAGCCAGUGCCCUGCCCUGAAGACUACUGAUCAACCUGCUCCUUCCAAAACUCUCACCAGCCGCCUGUCAGUUACAACAGCUCUUUCUCCACCCCACACACCAUCUGGUCCUUUGAAUCUCUCCAGGGGCCAUCAGAAGCGGUUGUCAAGGACCACAGUACUACAGCCCUCCCAGGUGGUACAGGGAAGGGGUGAUGGUCAAAAUUCCUCAGUGUUUAUUGGCCACUUAUCACCGGUGGUAACUCCGGGAGAGGAGGGCUUCCACACUCAGGCUCCUUUAUGUCUCCAAACCCAAGAAAGACGGCGAGAUCCCGGUGAGAGCAAUGGUUCGGCUAUACCACCCUUAGACAGUUUUACUCAGGCUCCAGUCAUCAAUCAACACUUUCGGGAACUGGACCAGAAAGACUUUGCCUUUCUGCAACAUUGGGAUGAAUGGCUCCAGUCGAUGCUGGCUGAAUGGAUACCUGACGAAAAAUACUGGACUCCUGGUGAAUCUGAGCUCCAUCCACAGCAGGUGCAGCUUCAGCAGCCUGCCAGUGUAUCUCUAGUGGGCACAAGUCCACAGCAAGAGUUGCCCCUCUUCUCUGCUUUUAAGGGUCCUACACUUAUGGCCUCUGUUAUCAUUUAUGAUGCGGGUGACCUGCGUGAGAUUGGUCCCAGAAGGGGUGGCAGCAGUGACCAGAGGCCACAGUGGGAAGGAGACCGACACAUUAUGCAGAGAAAACUUGGGUCCCCUCAGCAUUGGAGCAGGCUCUCAGAUCUUCUCUGCCCUGAAGCAGGCUGUGCUGGGGGAUCCAAGGACCCCACAGAUGUAAAGGAGUGCUUGGGGGCAGGGUGGAUUGGGGUAAAGAAAGCCAGCACCUGGAAACACACCCCACUGGACAGCCAGAAAAGCUUAGAGAAUUGGAGGGGUCCUGGACUCAGUUCCCCGGGGCUGGCCAGCCAUGUGGCCACUAACUCACCUCUCUGGAUCCCCUCAGCACGAGAGCAGCCAUAUCUGUGA